AUGGUUUGGCUGAGGCGAUUCAAGUUUCGAAGAGUAACAUCUCAUGCUCCUGUGGUGUUCAAUGGUGUCCGAGUCAGAAUGGCGUUCACAGUUUGUCCCUCGUUAGGUCUCUCGGAGAUAACUGAGCGUCGCCCGCAGAGUUCAGGUGCCCUUUGUACGUCCGCAGAAGAGAAACCUUUCACCUGUGAGAUUUGCGGUAAGGCCUUCUCUAAGAAAGGUACUCUGGUAAGGCACAUAGGAGUACAUACGAAGGAAAAGCCAUUCAGCUGUGUGAUUCAGCCGUGUGAUUUGCAGCAAGGCCUUCUCUGUGAAAGCACAUGGGAGUACAUAGAAGGGAGACGCCAUACAGCCGUGAGAUUUGCAACAAGGCAGUCUCAGACAGUAAGGCAUAUCAGAGUACAACCAAAUGAGAAGCCAUUCAGCUGUGAUACUUGUAACAGGGCAUUCUCUCAGAAAUCUAAUCUAGUGACUCAUACGAGAGUGCGUACAAAGGGGAAGCCAUACAACUGUGAUAUUUGGAAUAAGACCUUCACAUACAAAAACUGA